ACUUCCGCUAAAACCAAACCAGGAUCCAGUGAACUGUUGAUGUCGGUGACAGCACCGACUGUUCCUCUUUUCCCUCCGCUUUCACUGAGCUCUCCGGGGGGAAAUGUCCAGACUCCAGGGUCUGAGGGUUUUCGUCAGCCAGCGGCUCAGCGCGGCCGUGGAGGAGAUAUUCGGACAUUUAGAGAAAACCAUCACCGAGUGCGAGGAGGAGAUGGACCGCCGCCAGAGGCUGCUGGACUCGGCUUUCAGACCUGAAAUUAAGCUGCGAAGAGCAGAUGUCCAGCAGCUGUUAGAGAGACAAAAAGAGACUCCUCCUGAGCAGAGCCCCAGUCUGGACCAGGAGGACCCACCAGAGCCCCCACACAUUAAAGAGGAACAGGAGGAACUCUGGACCAGUACUGGGGGAGAGCAGCUUCAAAGGCUGGAGGAGGCUGAUGUCAAAAUGUUCACAUUCACCCCUGACCCCGUGAAGGCUGAAGAUGAUGAUGAUGAAGAGAAAGCUCAGUCCUCACAGCUUCAGAGAGCCACAGAGUCUCCAACCAGCAGCUCAGCUGAGCAGAUGAAAACAGAAACCGAAGGAGAGGACUGUCAAGGAUCAGAACCAGCCGGCGACUUCGAUCCAGAUAGGUGUUUACAACCGUAUAGUAUAGACGAAAUUAAACGGCUACUGGAAGCUCGGACAGAAGACGGAAGUGGUUGGAUGAGGACCAGGGAGCCUCGCCCGGGUUUAAGAUCCCUGAAUAAUAAUCUCUUUAUUAAAGUUCUUUUAAGUGAGGAGGAGAGCACUGAUAGUACAAAAGUAUUAACCUGCUCUGAGUGUCAGAAAAGUUUUAAAUGCAGGGAAACUCUGAGGAGGCACAUGAGAUGUCAUACAGGGGAAAAGCCUUACAGCUGUUCAGUCUGUCAGAAACACUUUAAAUGGAGUGGAGAUCGCGUGAUGCAUAUGAGGAACCACACGGGGGAGAAGCCUUUUGUGUGCAGUGUGUGUGGAAAGAGCUUUAAGAAAAGCGGAACUCUCACAAGACACAGGAGAAUCCAUACUGGCGAGAGACCACACGUCUGCUCGCUGUGUGGGAAGGGAUUUUAUCAGAAAGGAGAUUUGACCAAACACAUGAGAACCCACACGGGGGAGAAACCGUUCACCUGUGGAGUUUGUAACAGAAGAUUUUCAUACGUGUACCGCGCCAAAAACCACAAGUGUGUUGUUGAGAGCAGCAGCAGCAGCCGCCAGUGAAGCUGCAGAGCUGCUGAUUGAGCAUCGAAUAUUUAAAUCGGGAUUAGAUGGGACCCGAAUUUGAACUUGAAUUUCUUCCUACCCACCUCAGUGGGGACAGAUCAUUAAUAAUGUCUGAAAUUAGAAAAACAACAAAUCCAAUACUGAUGCGUGAUAUCAGGAGAAAAAAAAAAAGAGUGAUAACUCUUCUUGUUUGUGUUAAGCCCCAUUUAGACUGGAUUGAUUUCUCUAGGGGAGAUGGGGUGACUUUAACAUUUUCUGCACUGGUCCGUGAUUUUAAUCCCAUCCUGAGCAUCUGUUGGCCACUUUUCAGCCCCACCCCCAGUAAUAAUGGUAGCUGCAAUGACCUCCUGUUGUUCUGUGAACUGUGAACUGCUCCUCCUGUCAUUAAAACCUGUCAGCAGGGACAUCCUUGUAUUUCAAAGUGGAUCUCUGAGAGCUGCUUGUCCUUCUGCUUUAUUUUCUUUCUUUUUUAUCAGCUCAGUGUGAAAUUUGACUCAAAAAAUGACAGAAACACCAACAUAUAGGUCGGUUUGGGGACCGGUAUAAUAAUAAUAGUUUCAGCUAUGGGUAUUCUCUUUUGAAUGUCUCUUGUUUUUUGUUUUUUUUCUCCUGUAGUUGUUUACAUUUUGGCAAAUCAUCAGCAUUAAACGAAGCCGAUCAGCUCCUGUUUGUGUGAACCCAUUAAUGUUCAGACAGCUGGCGGUGGUUUGCUGUGACACUGAGUAAAACCUAAAAAUGCGAUGAUUGUCGGGCAGGUUCCGAAGCGAAAUAUGACCUCUGCGUGGAUUUAGGGACGUGAAUUCUCGAUGGACAUCAGAGAUGACGACAAAGUCACACUGAAUAAUAUCGAUGACGUGUUUAACAUCUGGCUGAUUUGAUUGAGUUGUGGCUCUGAGAAGGACAAUUGUUGACUCCAGUUCACCUCACACAGUAUCUUUGCCUCCCUUUCAACUCCCCGGCACAAGUGAAAAGCCUUUUGUUUUUAUAACCGAUUUGAAUUUGUACGUUAGGCCUGUGAUCACAUGACACCUGUGUAACUGUCUUAGUAGACCAGACGGACACAAAACGCACACACACACACACAAACACAUUUUCAUAUUUCAAUAAAGUUUCCAUUGUGGGAGAA